AUGAGUAAGGCUCCAUUACACAUUGAUGGUAGAUUUGGGCUGGAAAAUAUUUUGGGAUCAGGUUCAUAUGCUAUUGUGUACUGCACACAAAACUUCCUUAAUGAUGAUAUCAUUGCCAUCAAACUUGAACCAGUCACCAAUAAUCCACCUUCUCUCAAGCACAAACACUGCACUCUCAAGCAACUUGAAGGUGGAGUUGGGAUCCCCCACGUCCUUUGGUUUGGUAGGGAGUUAACACAUUAUGCCUUGGCUCUUGACCUCCUCGGUCGCCCGCUGCAUGAUCUUUUCCUCACAUGCAACCAAAAAUUCAGACUUCAAACUGUUGUAAACUUAGGGGACCAGCUGCUGUCACAUCUGGGGUACAUUCACUCACAUGGUUAUGUUCAUGGCAAUGUCAAACCAGAAAACGCUAUGAUAGAUAUUUUGGAAAAAACUGUCUAUAUUAUUGAUUUUGGUAUCACGAAGAGAUACUGGAAUUCCUCAACCGCAUCCCACAUCCCAUUUCAUCGAGGUCGACAUCUCACAGGCACCCCUGCCUUCGCUUCAAUCAACAAUCACUUGGGAUUAGAGCCAGGUCACCGUGGCAGUCUUGAGUCACUUGCCUAUAUACUGAUAUAUUUCUUGCAUGGCUCCCUACCAUGGUUAAAUAGUGACCAUGAGAAGCUUUCUGGCUCCUUUAUACUCGAGUGCAAAGUAGGUACCGCCAUUGCAGAUCUAUGUGAGGGGAUUACUCCUGCAUUUGCAAAUAUCCUUGUCUACUCGCACACUCUCUCAUUCUCAGAAGAUCCUGAUUAUGACUAUCUACAUUAUUUACUGCAUGAUCUUCGUACUGCAGGGCCUGCACCAGCUAUGCAUUCCCUGGAUUUUGAUUAUCUGAUCCCACCUUCUCAAAACCCUGAACUCUCUGAAUCAGUGCCCACAUGUCUGCUGAAAGCAACACCCCUUCAUAGAUCAACUCAUGUGUAA